GCAGGCGGAGACGAGGCGGAGCUGGGAGGCGGCGCCGGAGGUGACCUCGCGGCAGGUGAGCGGCGGCUGCUGGCAGGUGACGGCGGGGCUCGGCGCGGCCGCCCCACCACGCUCUCUGCUCCCUGACCUUGGAGGGCCGGUGGCCCUGCAGGCCUGACUCCCAGGUGUUCUGUCCCAGACUUCGAAUUAUUUUCUUAAAUAUCAAGAUACUGUGGAGGGCGCUAUUCUCACACUUUGAGGUGUGAAGGACCCUCAUGGAGCUGUGUAAGGAGGCAUCCUUUAUCACUGCAGCUUCCUUUUCCCAUCACAUAUUUCCUUCACAAGAGGAUGGACAGAAGAAAAAGGUAAUAAAUCAUUGUUAGUCAAGAAGAUGUCUUCAGCACCUGAGUCUCCCGGCUUUAAAAAGGAACCACCCAAAGAGAAAGACUUUCAAAAUCCAGGGCUUAGAGGAGUCCGCACAACAACCUUAUUUCGAGCUGUGAAUCCAGAGCUCUUCAUUAAGCCUAACAAACCUGUAAUGGCUUUCGGAUUGAUAACUCUUUCGCUUUGCGUGGCAUAUAUUGGUUAUCUACAUGCAACACAAGAGAAUAAAAAGGACCUGUACGAAGCUAUUGAUAGUGAGGGACACAGUUACAUGAGGAGAAGAACAUCUAAAUGGGACUAAUAGUGCUGGAUAGCACCAGUGGAGCUUCUUAAAGGGCCCUGAAAUCUUCAAAGGAAAGACUUUGUGAGUGCAUAGUAUCAGCUUCUUGUUCUGGAAAGUGCUGAUGAGGAAAAAAAGGUAGCAGUUGCAGCCAGGCCCUGAGACUGCAGCCCUUACCUAAUUCUUUUUCCACAGUGGGAGCUUCUCAAUUAAGUCCUCGUAUCAAAGUGCCAAGAGAACGGAAGUUGUUUUUGUUAAUUAUUAAGUUCUAUAUAAUAAAAGAACCCAAUGCUGUGAAAUUUGCAGGGUAUUUUUAAUGUUUUAA